AUGUACGUCCGUGACACGCUCAUAGUGGAAGAAGACCCCUCCAGAGCCAAGAGCGACUCGCCCGCCGUCGCCAAGAGGACGAUGUCUAGCGCAGCCAGGGAGGCCGUGCCCGCGCUCGCCCGCAGGGUCGUUCCCGCGGAUAACUCCUGCCUGUUCACCAGCGUCUACUAUGUGGUAGAGGGAGGCGUUUAUGAUCCGGGCUGCGCCCCGGAGAUGCGCGGCCUGAUAGCCCAGAUCGUAGCGAGCGACCCCGAGUCCUACUGUGAGGCAGUGCUAGGGAAAACUAACAAGGAGUAUUGCGAAUGGAUCCGAAGGGAAGAAACUUGGGGAGGCGCCAUUGAAGUAUCCAUUUUAUCCAAAUUUUAUCAGUGUGAAAUCUGUGUAGUGGACACACAGACGGUCAGAAUCGACCGCUUUGGGGAAGAUGCUGGUUACACUAAGCGGGUCCUUUUAAUUUAUGAUGGGAUUCAUUAUGAUCCACUUGAACGUAAAAUCCCCGACUCAGACAUUCCUCCCCAGACCAUUUUCUCUACAACUGAUGAUAUUGUCCUUGCACAAGCACUGGAGCUAGCAGAUGAAGCCAGACGGAAGAGGCAGUUUACUGAUGUGAAUCGCUUUACGCUGAGGUGCAUGGUAUGCCAGAAGGGACUAACCGGACAAGCAGAAGCCAGAGAACAUGCCAAGGAGACUGGACACACCAACUUCGGAGAAGUGUGACAUGGACAUGAGGAUGGUACAUCUACUACCUCACUGGUCCAGAAUAAAAUUCUGGAUUUUCACAUAAGCUGUAUGUAAUCAUAAAAUUCCGUUCACAAAGCUUGAAAAGCAUAUUAACUUAACGAUGGCCAAGACACACAGGUUUGUUAUGGUUAGUGUGUGGGUUUACAGAUAUGUAUGCGGUAGUGACUUUU